CACAAAAAAAAACCCCAAACAGUAUCUGUGAUUUCAAUAUACACUACUUUUUACAUUAAUUCUACACGUAUACAAAGUUCUCAGAAACUAUUUAUUGCAAUAACAAUGUGCUGAUAAUAAAUAAAAGGCAUUCCUCGUUAAUUAUUGUGUGUGUGUGUGACUGUGUUUUUUAAAUCUUUUUUUGUUUGCUUUAUAUAAGCCAGAAGCCAAGUAUAACGAGUAAUCAGUGCGAUCCCGAGUUCCAAAAUGAAAUCGACUAUUUCACUGCUGCUGGUUGUCAUCUGCACCGUAGUCUUGGCCGCCCAACAGAGCCAGGCCAAAAAAGGCUGUCAGGCCUAUGGCCAUGUCUGUUAUGGCGGACAUGGGAAACGCUCCUUGAACGGCAACGGAGCUGCUGCUGCUGCUGCCGGUUCAUCUGGCGGCCUCGAGCAGGAGUUUGUGCGUCCCAACGGAUUGCUGCCGAUGCUAGCACCCAACGAACAGAUGCCCGCUGUGCCCGAUUCCGAAUUCGAUGAUUAUCCCUCACGUCAGGUGCUCUACAAAAUAAUGAAAUCAUGGUUUAAUCGCCCACAUCGACCUGUGCCACGUCUCGGUGAAUUGGAUUAUCCUCUCGUCAACUCUGGGGAAAACUUCAAUCGGGAACUCGCAAUGAAUGCACUGAACUAAGUGAUGCCGAAAACCUCUACACUUCAAUCAAUCGAACCAAAUACGUAUCACUUUCUUCAGCAUCCGACAAACAAACUUAGAAAACAACAACAACAGUUACAACAAUGAAUAAUGUGCAUGUUUAUUACAAUGUUUCAUAGGUGUCUACACAUAGAGCAACAAAUUUUCGCUACUUGCUUACAAAUGAGCUGUGUGAAAAUUCGAAAAGCAUCUGAAAUUUUUAAGGGCUGGUAAAAAUUUCAGUAAAUAAAAAAAAAUUAAUAAUAAUAGUAUACUGGAAGCAGGCAAAACGUUUUUUGUGAAUAAAAACAUAAUGGGAAAAUGCA